GUCGGCUGGUGGGCCCCAGGCGUGGACUACCAUUCCCGUGGUGCUCUAACGCGCAGCCAGCCGCCGUCACCUGCGCGCUCAGGCCCCUGGGAUUAGUAGUUUUAGCCUCGUGGAUGCGGGCCUGAAUCGGAUGGCCUGGAACUCGCCUUCCCGGCGACCUGUUUGGCAGGGGGUGGCGCCUCGCGAAGAUGGUGGCGCGCGGGGCGUGUGGCGCCCGUCGUCUGGCCAAGUCUCAGCGCAGCGCACCGGCCGGCGUCUCGCUGCCCUGGAGCCCACACCCACCGGGUCCCUGACCCCGCGCUCCCCGCGCCCGGUUUCCGGCAUGCCUCGCGCCCGUAAGGGCAACACGCUCCGGAAGGGUGGUCAGCGCCGUGGAGGAGGUGCCCGGAGCAGUGCCCAAGCUGACUCGGGUUCCAGUGAUGAUGAGGCAGCCAGUGAGGCCCGCAGCACCACCAGUGAAUGCCCCAGCCUUCUCAGCACCACUGCAGAGGACAGCCUUGGGGGGGAUGUCGUGAAUGAGCAGGGCCAGCAGGAAGACCUUGAGGAAAAGCUGAAGGAGUAUGUGGACUGCCUCACAGACAAGAGUGCCAAGACCCGGCAGGGUGCUCUCGAGAGCCUGCGCCUGGCCCUGGCGUCCCGCCUACUCCCCGACUUCUUGCUGGAGCGCCGCCUCACGCUAGCUGAUGCCCUGGAAAAGUGCCUCAAGAAAGGGAAGGGAGAGGAACAAGCCCUGGCCGCUGCUGUGCUAGGUCUGCUCUGCGUGCAGCUGGGCCCCGGACCCAAGGGUGAGGAGCUGUUCCACAGCCUGCAGCCUCUGCUGGUCUCUGUGCUCAGUGACAGCACAGCUAGCCCUGCUGCCCGGCUCCACUGUGCUUCUGCUCUUGGCCUGGGCUGCUACGUGGCUACUGCUGACAUCCAGGACCUGGUCUCUUGCCUUGCCUGCUUAGAAAGUGUUUUCAGCCGGUUCUAUGGCUUGGGCAGCUCCACAACUCCUGUGGUUCCUGCCAGCCUGCACGGCCUGCUCUGUGCUGCCCUGCAGGCCUGGGCAUUGCUGCUCACCAUCUGCCCCAGCACCCAAAUCAGCCACAUCCUUGACAGGCAGCUGCCCCGGCUGCCCCAGCUCUUGUCCAGUGAAAGUGUGAACCUGCGGAUCGCUGCCGGUGAAACCAUUGCACUGCUCUUUGAGCUUGCCCGGGACCUUGAGGAGGAGUUUGUUUAUGAGGACAUGGAGGCCCUCUGCAGUGUCCUGCGCACUCUGGCCACUGACAGUAACAAGUACCGUGCCAAGGCUGAUCGCCGGCGCCAGCGCUCUACUUUCCGUGCCGUGCUGCACUCCGUGGAGGGCGGUGAAUGUGAAGAAGAGAUAGUGCGCUUCGGCUUUGAGGUGCUCUACAUGGACAGCUGGGCUCGGCACCGGAUCUACACUGCCUUCAAGGAAGUGCUGGGUUCAGGCAUGCACCACCACCUCCAGAACAAUGAGCUACUCCGUGACAUCUUUGGCCUGGGCCCUGUGCUGGUGCUGGAUGCCACUGCCCUGAAGGCCUGCAAGGUUCCACGCUUCGAGAAGCACCUGUACAAUGCUGCCGCCUUCAAAGCCCGGACCAAGGCUCGAAGCCGUGUGCGGGACAAGCGGGCAGACAUCCUGUGAAGCAGGACCUGCUGAAGAGGAGACUUUCUAUGCCCUUGGUCCGUAUUUUUAACAGAAGACAGUGCAACAACUGGUCUCCACCAGUAUUUGUCACUUUAUUUUUUUAAUGACAAAACCAAAAACAGACAUGGAGUGGGUAGCUGGGGGCCCGGACACUUGGGACCCUGGCCCCUUUGUCCCUGCACUCAGCCCUGUGGCCUCUUCCUGCCCUGUCUCAGGCCAGGCUAAAUACGUGCCUGUCCCAGGGCUGUGGGGCAGGCACUAGGGGGCCUUUCCCUUCCUUUCCUUUCUUAGGCCCAGGAUGACCCACUCUUAGGGGGGUGGUGGCAUCUGGACAAAUGCCACCACAGCAGGUGGAGAGGCAAAGCUACCUGGAAUGGAUUUGUGUGCUGAUUUUUAAGAAUUAUUAGAGAUAAUUAAACAGAAUGGUCAGGCUUCUGUGGUCUUAA